UUAUAGCGAGCGAGCGAGCGAGUGAGCGGAACACCUGCUCACUACUCAGUGUGACCACAUGCCGACAUACCAGACUGCGAGUUGUAGAGGUGGACUGGCGCUAGGUGGCGCCACUGGGUCGCGGACACUGUAGUCGUCAUGGUGGCCGUCACGGGGUUGGUAGCGUUCCUAGCUACCGUCGCUGUUACACUCGCCCAAAAUCAGUGCGAUGUGACGGUGUUGUACGAGUCUCACUGUCCUGACAGUAGGAACUUCAUUCACCACGAUCUUGUCCCCAUUUGGCACAUGUUGGAGCCGCAUUGCUCUCUGGACCUGGUUCCUUUUGGGAAAGCUCGGAGUACAGAAUCCGGCUUUGUUUGUCAACAUGGAGCGAAAGAGUGCAGAGGUAACAUGGUGAUGUCCUGUGCUCUGAGGAAACUGCCAGCAGGUCGACAACAGUUGGACUUCGUCAGCUGUUACAUGGGUGACCCAGACUAUGGCGGCCCUCAGUGUGCAGAGAAGAGUGGACUGUCAUGGACAGACAUAGAAGCCUGCAUGCAGUCAGGCGAAGGAACACAGCUUCAGAAAGAGGCAGAGGCAAAAAGUUACAGUAUUCGAAUGUCCCGCUUUGUUCCAACAGUAAUACUGAAUGAUGUAUUCAAUCCGACAGAUCAUAAUGAAGCAGUAGGAGGAAAGUUCAAUAAACUGAUGUGCAGAUAUACAAGCAGUUCUGACAUAUGUUCACUUGUGUGAUUUAUAAAAAUAAAUUGUGUUUUUGUUUUA